AUGGCUCUCGACUCCGACCAGGAAGCCCUAUCCGCCACCGACUUCUACCUGGGACUAGAAUCAUCGGUCGACUCCCCGGCCUCGACGCCGACCCCUGCCACGCCUCAGUCCGAAUGCCCCGCUCCCCGAAGCAUCGUGACGAUUGAUACGCCUACUGCUACGGCCGCUGCUGUUGCUGUUGCUACCGCAGGCAGGGACGGGGAAGGAUCGGACAUCUCGCUCGACUCGUACAUCGCCGUGGGGGUGCUGCGCAAGCGCAACCCGGUCUACGGGAGUGUGGAGGAGGCCCCGGCAGCGGAGGCGGCGGACGGAUACCCGGCCUCCCAAGUCGCCAACCUGGAGAGUCACCAGUGGAUCCGGACGAUCAGUUUCACAUACCCGGAAGAACACUCGUCGUGGUGCGGGGUGCAGGUCUACGUGCUGCCGGAUGAUGUGGGGCGCAAGCACCUGCCGCGGUCGAAUCCGGCGUUGCGCCGGGCGCUCAAGGUCGUCAUGGAGAGGGUCGAUCGCUCGGUGGAAGCGUGGUCGGGCGACUUUGUCGCGGAUUGGAACACCUGGGGUCCCACUAAGCGGGAUCUAGAGGGGGAUGGGAAGGAGGAAGAAGAGGAUUCUCUUUGGUACAUUUUCAACACCCUGCAGGACCCGGCGCCUCGGGCAGAUAUGAUCAAAGAUAACCCGUAUGCGAGGAGGGCGAUGGAGCAGUUGCUUACCGUGACGACGCCAGCGCCGGCGUCAAGCGGACGGGAGGGGAAGGACGACGACGACGAGGAGUCCGUUCAGGAUCAUUCAGGGGUCUUGGGGCUCAAGACGCCGUUGUAUCCCUACCAACGUCGCUCGGCUGCGACAAUGGUGCAGCGGGAGGCUCAGCCGGCGCAGAUGCUGGAUCCUCGACUCGAGGCUCGCAGAGGUCCAACGGGGCAGGAGUAUUACUAUGACAAGGAGGAGGGACGGAUUGUGCGGGAGAAGAGAAUGUAUUCGGAGGCUUGUGGAGGGAUUUUGGCGGAAACGAUGGGCUGCGGUAAAACACUGAUCAGUCUGGCGGUGAUCUUGGCAACACGGGGGCAUUUCCCGGAAAUCCCCCUGGAGUACCAGGAACUAAACCCUCGAGUCCGGGACACGACUGGAAGUCUGGUCGAGAUGGCCGCGACGACCGCCGGUCGGUUCUCGCUGCCAUGGAAAUCCCACUUUGACGAACUAGGCCACUACGGCGCCUUGUAUAACAGAUGUGUUCAGGCGUGUGAGAGGAAUCGCGGUUCAUAUACUACACCUCCGCCCCCAGCUAGGCACGGAGGUCGCAGCGGCGUGCCGUAUCCGAGGUCGCCUCCCCAGAAGCUUUAUCUCUCUUCGGGCACGUUGAUCGUUGCUCCACCGAAUCUGGUCAGCCAUUGGGAAAAGGAAAUCGAAAUGCAUACGCAAGGCCUCAAGGUACUUACUCUACGAUACAACAGCGACCAAAUCCCUUCACCUGGUGAGCUGCUGCAUUAUGAUAUUAUCCUCUUCUCAAAGGUACGCUUCGAGAAAGAAGCUGGUGAAUCGGCUCAACUCACUCGGCACCUCUCUGAACCCCCAGCUUCCCCCUUGACCAAGAUCCAUUGGUUGCGUAUCAUCGUCGAUGAGGGCCAUAAUGCCGCCGGCAGCGGACAUCGGUCGAACAUGGCUCAUCUACUCAAGCAGCUGCGCAUUGAGCGGAGGUGGGUUGUGUCUGGUACCCCGUCCAGCGGGCUUUACGGAGUGGAGGUUAGUUUAGCCUCACAGGAGACCCACACCAGCGACACGGACUUGACCGAAGCGACGAUGGCUGUGUUAAAGAGCCGGAAGAAGACCGGCAAGGCUAAGGAUGGUGAGCUCAAGGAUCUGGAAAAGUUGCGGCGGAUUGUGAUUGAUUUCCUUGAGCUGAAACCCUGGUCGAACUCCCGGAACCGGACAGAUGACCAGGCCAAUUGGGUCACAUAUAUGACGCCUGUAGGGCCUGGCUUGAAACGGCGAAAGGCCUCAUCACUCCGGGCUACCUUGCAGAGCCUCGUCGUUCGGCAUCGGCUGGAUGUCAUUCACAAUGAAAUCACGCUUCCUAGACUUUACAACCGAGUCGUGCAGCUGGAGCCGACUUUCUACGACAAAAUGAGUCUGAAUUACUUCAUCUUCAUCUUGGCAGUCAACGCAAUUACCUCGGAAAGAAAGGAUCAAGAUUACAUGUUCCACCCUCGCAACCGGAAGCACUUGGGCCAGGUUAUCAGCAAUCUUCGCCAGGCGGGAUUCUGGUGGGCCGGCUCAGAUGAAGGCCUCUCAAGUACGAUUGAGACUGCUUUGAAGUACUUGGAGAAGAACCGCGAUACGAUGACCGACAAUGAUAUUGAAAUGCUACAAGAGGGCAUCCAGGUUGCGGAACAGGCUCAGGCGUGUAGCAGCUGGCAUGCGUUCAAGCAGUUGCACGAACUCGGUGUUUUCGUCGAGGACUUUCCUUCGCAUGCUCGAAGCAUGUGGGCCCUCGAUAACACAAGCGUAGAGGAUGUGCCUCUACUACUUGGAAUCACGCAAGCGCAUCACGCGCAGCGAUUCGUUACCAAACAACUGAACACAUCCGACCCGGCCGACGGGCUUGCUGGCGCAGGCAUCAAGGUGCGUCGCGAGCUUCGACUCGCUAGUAGCAGCGAGAGCGACAACUUCGAGACGAAGAAGACUACGCCAGACAAGCCGAUCAAGAGUAGAUCGCCCAAGAAGACCUACAGCAAGGGUCUGGUGAAGACCUUGUCGCCUGACUCCCCUCUCGCCAAAACCAAACUCGUCGCCACCGCCUCGGCCAAACUGACGUACCUCCUGGAUCAGAUCUCCGAGUACCACAAGAGCGAGAAAAUCAUUGUGUUCUACGAGAACCCCAACACCGCAUACUGGAUUGCGGAAGGGAUCGAGCUUCUCGGAAUUGAUUUCCGGAUCUACGCGCAGACCCUCAAACCCGACACCCGAGCGGAGUACCUGACCCUGUUCCGCGAGUCCGAGGAGGUGCGUGUCUUGCUCAUGGAUCUCCGGCAGGCCUCGCACGGACUGCACAUCGCCAACGCCUCGCGCGUCUACAUCGUCAACCCCAUCUGGCAGCCGAACGUCGAAAGCCAGGCGAUCAAGCGAGCGCACCGCAUCGGCCAGACUCGCCCCGUCUUCGUCGAGACGCUCGUGUUGAGGGACACCCUGGAGGACAAGAUGCUGCGGCGCCGGAAGGCCAUGACCGACAGUGAGAUCCAACAUGCCGAGCGCGACCUGCUGGACGAUAGCACAAUGAGCUCGAUCAUCCAGAACGAGCGCUUCAUCCCCAUGUCGGAGAACGAGCCCCCCUCUUCCGCCAUGCGACUAGCAUAUCUGAAGCACCCUGCCGGAUUCUUCAGUCGACACAAGCUCGCGAUCGCCGACGACGAGGAUGUCUCGAGUGUUGAGAUGGCGGGGACGGCGGCAGCCGCGACUUCUUCUCCGAAGACACCGCCGGUCGCGCUCCGGAGGAAACGCGCGCGUCUCGUGCCGGUACACCUCAGCGAAAGCAAUUCCUCCGGACCGGACAUCGUCACCCCGAAACGGCGACGGACCUCGGCGCCGAGAUUGAGCUUCGUAUCUCCGCAGGGAAUCCUCAUGACGCCUCCACGGAGUUCCAAGUCUCCGCGGCCCACGGUCCUGCUGUUGCAAAAAACCAGCGGCAAAACCACCCUCGCGCGCCUGCUGCACCGCAUCUUCACCCUCCCUCCGGACGCAUCCACCCCAACUCCCCAAAUCCGAUCCCUCCUCAUCCACGAAGACGACUUCUACCACCCGGACGAUAAAAUCCCCCUCACAACCCUCCCAACCGGCACGGUGCUCCAAAACUGGGACACAGCGGGGGCCCUCGACCUGGGCUUCCUGGCGGCCUCGCUGGAUUACGUCCGGACGCACGGACGGCUGCCGCCGCGGCUGCGGUCGAAGGAGGAUCAGAAUGAUACGCAGCCGGUGGAUGAUGAUACCAGUACCAAUACAGGGGCUGCGGGGGAGGAGGAGCAGGUCGUGGAGGCGUUGCGGAGGCGGGUGCAGCAGCGGCUUGGGGCGGGGGCCGGGGCGGAUGCGGGGACGAAGACGGUCGCGUUCAUGGAAGGGUUUUUGCUUUUCGCGCCUCCAUGCGACACCGCUGCCGCGGCAGCGCAGCACCCGCUGAGGGAGGUCCAUGAGCGGAUGGAUGGGCGGUUGUUUUUGCCGGCGGCGUAUGAGAAGGUCAAGGAGCGGCGGGAGAGGAGGUCCGGGUAUGUGACGAUUGGGGCGGCGCCGGUGCCGGACGGAGCAGCUGCUGCUGCAGCUGCAGCAGCAGCAGCGGAGGGGGAACAGCAGGGUAACGGUAGUGGUGACGCGGUGAAAGACGAUCGGGAAAGUAUCGACUUGGAGGCGGAGAAUGAUCGGCCGCCGCAGAAUUUCUGGACCGAUCCCCCCGGCUAUGUCGACGAUAUCGUCUGGCCCAAUUAUGUCAAGGAUCAUGCGUGGUUGUUGCUCCCGGAGGAGGAAACGGAGGACGAGGACCGCUUGCUGAGGGAGUCGGAUCCCCAGGUGCUGGUCCGGCUCGUGGGCCAGGGGACUCGCUUGCGAGAAAAUGCCGGGGUCACCGUUGCUCCAGGGCGUGGGGAUAAACCCAUCACGGAGGUCUUGACUUGGGCAGUGGAGGAAGUGUUGAAGCAUCUAGAGAAAACGGUAUAG